AUGCGCGAGUUCGCUAUUUGUUUGAUCCCGCACACGGCACCAAGGCCGCUGCCUCCACCUGAAGAGACACUGCAGGAACGAGCGCUUUGGGGUGGUGGUGUCCUCGGGCCUUUGGCGCGAGUCUGCGAUGGUUGGGCCUGUGUUCUGCACGACGUUCAUCGACGCAGCUUCGUCUCCUAUCGCAAGCAGGCUUUUCCAGCUUCGACUCUGCAUCAGUGGAGGCAGACUCUCCUCAGCCGCAUCUGCUGGCGGAAGCCAGAGCGGCCUCCGAAAGAAGGCAAGGAGCAGAACGCGCCUUGCGAAGCGCUGCUGCCCCGCUCAGCAGCCUGGCUGACCUUGCCGGGCUGCCGUUGCGAGUACCAGUAUGCGGGCCUUCGGUUUCCAGCCGCGACAAUGCCUCCGUGGUUCCUGGAGAUCACCGACCAGGUGGCACAAGCCUGCGGACUCAAGGAGCGCCCGAACUCGUGCAACGCCAACCUGUACAAGGGCGGGAUGGACAACGUCAGCUGGCACUGUGACGAUGAACCGCUGUUCGAUGCCACAGGCCGAGAUGCACUCAUUAUCUCGCUAUCGCUGGGUGCAACCAGGUCCUUCUGUCUUCGUCCAAAGGACGAUCCAUUUGAGGAAACUUUGCUCCAACUGGAGGAUGGUGAUCUCUGCACCAUGGAAGGCCUUUGCCAAAAGCACUACCGACAUCGAGUUCCUCCGGAGGAGGAUGUUUCGGAAUAUCGAGUCAACCUCACCUGGCGAUGGAUUGUGCAGCACGAUGAGGGGUGCCCGUUCCACAAAGAGGAAAAGUUGCCCUCAGAGUCGCCUCUAAAUCCCAAGUGA